AUGAUAACACCGGCAAUUCAGCCAACUAUUGUUCCGGCACAACCACAAAGAAUUGAGCUACAAAAGCUAAUGGUAAAACGAGGUGACCAACAGCAACUAAAGGUCAAAGAAGUUCAACAGAAGUUUCCUUUGAAACAGGAUACUUUUACUACAAAGCCAACCAGGUUUCCAAAACCACCAUCGAUUGAUAGGCAAAAGAAAUUGACCUCACAGCCACUUCUACAUAGAAGCAUUCAAACUAAACUGAUAACACCAAUGCUACAAGAAGAAGACCGUGAACAGCAAUUUUCGAACAAUAACGUAAGCCAGAAUGGUCGACAACAACCUGUCACACAGGCACCUCCAGUAACAAAACAGUUCGAGGGUCGGAGCCAACGAAACCAAGAAGUACUACAAUUAAUUAGUCAUCCAAAGCAAGUUAAACAACAGAACAUACAACUUCCAAAACAACUAUCAACAGAAUCCCAUUUAACAUACACACAUCAAGUAAGAGAACAACAGCAAACGACACCAUUGAGUCCAACACGAUCACAACAAACACAAUUCCAUCAAGCUAGUCAAAGCCAAAUUAAUAGAAAACAAAUGCACCACCAACAGAAAUUACAAGAACAUGGCUUGUCCAGUUACAAAAAGAAACAUUUUCAACAUGGUGCAAAUGAAGCACAGCAGAUUAUAUUGCAACGACAAAAACAAAGACAACAACUUUAUCAAAAGCCCGAGCUUCAACAGCAACAAAAUCGACAACAACAUCAACAACAAAAACAGCAACAGAAACAGGAACAACAACAACAAGUUAAACAGUCUGUACUAAAACGAGUGUCCGAUAGUAAGAAAAUGCCAAAACAGAAGAGACAACCAGCAAGACAACAAUUUCUCCAACAACAACGACGUCGACAACAUCAGCAACGACAACUAAAAAGACAGCAAGAACAACAACAAAUACAACAACAACAACAAGUAAUAAAACCAGAACUAGUACAAAAACACCAAGUACUGCGACAACAGCAACCAUCUGCAAAAAAACGAUUGUCUGAAAGUACAAAUAUGUACAGACAGCAAGCAAACCAACAAUUUAUUCAACAAAAACGACAACAACAAAAACAAAAACAAAAACAAAAACAAUUACGACAACAACAAAAUGUACGAAAACCAAAACACGUACAACAACAGAAACCAUCUGAAAUAAAGCGAUUGUCCGAGAGUAAGAAGAUACCACAGCAGUACAGACAACAAGAAAAACAACAAUUUUUUCAACAACAAGUACGAAAGUCACAAGUACAACAACAAAAACCAUCUGAAAGAAAACGAUUGUCCGAAGGUAAGAAUAUGCCAAUGCAGAAGAGACAACAAGCAAGACAACAAUUUUUUCAACAACAACGACAGCAACAACAGCAACAGUCUGUAAUAAAACAAUUGUCCGAAAGAAAAAAUAUACCAACGCCUCAGAGACAACAGUCUAAACAACAUGUUCAACAACAACCACUAAGAAAACCUGGGUCGUCACAUCUAUCUACAAGACGUCCAAUGAAACAACCAAAUCAUCAGCUUUUGAAGACAAAUUUCAUUCAAAACGGAACCCAACAGCUCCAACUUCAACAGCAAUCUAGACAAUUACAGCUCCAACUUCAACAAAAGCAAUUAAAAUUACAAUCACAGAAGAAACAAAUUGAACUUUUGCAAAAGAAACAAUUAUUGCAAUCUAAACUACGUCGGCAUAAGAUUGCUCGUCAAUCAAAAUUGAUUCAGUUGUCACAAGAGAAUAAAUUUAAAGAAAGGUCUUCUAAACCUAACAUUCAAUAUCCCAAGAAUAUCAGAAAGAUGAUUGAUAAUACAACAGAAACUCAGAAACAUCAGUCUGCAACUGUAGUAGGUUCCAGCCAAAACCGUUUACAGACAACAGCAACCAAAAGCAAUGGCCGUCCACAAAUUAAGAUAGAAAUUCAGAAUAGAAAUCAACAUAACAUUCAAGUUAACUUGAAACAAUCACCAAAGACUCAUUUAGCCCUGGGGCAGAAUAAUAUUCGUAAACCAAUUGCAUUCAGACAACAGGGAGUGGCUUAUUCCAAACAAAAUUCUAUAAAUAGACCUAUUCAACUUAAGACUAAACUACCAUCACCCAUAAUCACUAAAAAUAGCCAAAAUGGAAAACAAAGGAGGCUUGGGCGUGUGCUAAAUCAGGGCAAAUUUUCAACUCAAACUACAAAAAAUCAGAAAAUUAUAAAACUGCUGCCAAACCGUGGAAAUGUUAGCCGCAGAAGAAAACAACAGGUUAAUACACGACCACAAUUAAAGCCACUGAAAACAAACAAUAAAGCCAAACAAACGACCACUUUACAGAAAAAUCAAAGGACAGUUGCCACUCGCCCUCAAUACAACACACGCAGUCAGAUAUCAAAAACAAAAACGGCUGCUGUAAAGGAAGUUAGUAAGAUCCAACCAAUUAAAGGUAAUGUAGCACCAAUUCAACAGAAAAAAGCAAAUUUUAGCUCACAGAUCAAGAGUAAACAACGCUUGCCUCAAGUAGCCAGAAGAAAAUUAUUAGUGCGUCUGAACUCUAGAAAUCUUCAACAACAGCGAUUAUUGAAAACACGCACAAAGUCGAAAUCUUCGAAUAGAGUUGAGCAAAAUAGAAAUCGAAAAAUUGGCAUACUGAGAGUUCUAAAACCCCGUCCGAAUAACAGAAGUAACACGGGACAACUAUCAAGGAGUACUUGGACCAGAGGAAUACAGCAACCACAACGCGGCCUUUGGGGAUCUUUACCAUUCUAUGCUGUUGGAAGAUAUCCCUCAGAGAACGAAUCAACUAUGGCAACAGGAAUACCCGAAGUUCAAAUCUAUCCCUCUGGUAAUGAUGCAAACGAUAUUGCAGCAGUUAGUUUGGGAAAAUCAACUACAGCACUACCCAAAACACCACAACCCCUGAAUGUUGUGAGGCUGACUACGGUUUAAAUCAUCUCUAUCUUCCACCUUGUAAUAAUAUGUCUCUAUUAUAUAUAUAUGUAAAUUUCUAGAUUUGAUAUACAAAAUAAAUGGUUUUUGGUU